UAAAUGCCACCCGCUAACCUGCCCGGGUCUUUUUAACAGGCACUGGAGUCGUUCUCGUUCUCCAGAACAUGAUCAGCAAGAGGUGGCCCUACGCGCUGCAGUGGAAGGUGCUGCUGUCUGUGGUGGCAGGUUCCAUCGCUGGCUACGCUGUGACCAAAGCAGAGACCCAGAAGUGUUCCAACCUCUGGAUCUACCUGGAGACAGGCCAGUUUCCACAGGGAGAAACCAGAGAAAAACUCCCCAGCCCAGAACCCACAGAGGACGCGAAAUCGAGGGUGAAGAGGAACAAAUACGGCGAUGAAGUGGAGUAGCUGGGGAAGCUUUGAGCAACUUGCCUGGGCCCAUAGUGGCUCAGCCCUGCUCCUGUGGCAUGUGUCCCCAGGGCUAUAGCCACAGGGUGAUACCAAGGGACAUAGCAGCAUGCCAUCCCUGGCCUGGCAGUCAGUAGGGAAGUGUGGGGAACCUUCAGCUCUCGCUGACCUCUGAGGGAGCAGCAGCAGCUGUUGGGUGCUUAAUAAAUUUAUAUUAGAGA